UGCCCAGACAAACCAUCCCAGAUCCCUGCAAGAUUGGUCACAGGCACAAUGCUGUCCCCAACGGCCCUCCCCAGUGUGUCCUGGAUGCUGAUCUCCUGCCUGAUGCUCCUGUCUCAGGUCCAAGGUGAAGAACCCCAGAACAAACAGUCUUCUCCAAGGACCAGCUGUCCCAAAGGCUCAGUGUCCUAUGCCUCCCACUGCUAUGCCUUGUUUACGAUACCAAAAACCUGGUUUGAUGCAAAUGUGAGUGAUUAG